AUGAGGCACAAAUGGCGGCAGUUGCUCGGAUUUCCCGGUAAUUCUUUUAAAAUUUCAAAAAUAUCUGAUAAUUUAAUCAAAAUAAUUGGAAGGGUUUUGCGAACAGGAAAGCUAAGAGAAACUAAAUUUGAUAAAACCAUGAAUUUUAUUAAAAACAAUUAUAAUUUCCAAUUCAGACUAAUUUCUCCAAAACCGAAUUUUUCGCACGUUUUGCGACCUCUUUAUACAGACUGCGAUAAGAAUCUUGAAAUUCUCCGUUUUUUUUUUCAUUUCAUUCAAUCUAGAAAAAAAAAUGCACUUACUCGAAAAAUAGCUAGGUUUCUCCAGAUUUUUCGACGUAAAGAAUAAAAAUGUAGUUUAAAACUACUUGUUCAGCUUUUUAAAGGCUCAUAGGCGAAUCAAAUUCAAAUUUCAAGGCGAAGAGCUAUUUUCAUUGUCUUUUUAGGUCGUUCAAGGCUUCUGCGCUCUCAAAAGCACCAAGGAUCAUUUUUAAAAGACUGAAAUCUUUAAGAAAAAAGCCUUAUUUUCUAUUCAAAAGCUUCAAAAAAGCCAUGGAAACCUCUCAAAUUGUCACAUUUUCUAUUAAAAAUGUUGCAAAUGCUCAAAAUUCAAGCGUUCCUGCUGUUUCUGACGGUUCUUUGGAACGAGAAGGCGUCCUAUUGGUGGGCGGCGACGACGUGGCCCAGCGCUUCUGAUGACGUCAGCUGCACGAAGGUGCUCCUCGUGGCCGAUCCGCAGCUCAUCGGCUACCGACAUGAACCCUCAAACUACGGGUUUUUGGCCAGAUGGGACUCCGAUAGGUGAGAAGAAGCUGAAGUUAAAUAGCUUUGAAAAAAAUAUGUUCAUUUUUUGUGGCCUCCAAAAUUCGAAAAAAAUUAGGGACUAUUCUCAGAAUAAUUCUUGAAAUAGUUUCAAAAUUAAUAUUUCUAAGUGGCGAUUGAACUAGCAGAAAUAUUUUAAAAAGAAAAAUUCAAGGUUUUGACGCCUAAGUUUUCCUAAAAAACAAGGAAGCAGAGAAAAAAAUUACAAGUUUCCUAACAAAUCCUGUUCAAUUUUUCUUGCUUUUUCCUACAAUAAUAAGAAAUUUAGAAAGUUUGGCCAUGCCUCGCGUGCUGAAUAUGAAAAAAAUGAAGAAAAGGUCGAAAUUAAAUAAACUUCUAAUUUUGAAAAAAAAAGAGGAGCUUUGAAAAAUGCGGGAAAAAGCCGUUUUUGUUUAAAAAAGUGAAAGAAAAGCCCGUUGCAUCUUUUUCAGAAGGCUAUAUAGUUUUUCAACAUGUUCCGAUUUCCUUCAGGGCUUUUCACAAUGUUUCAAAACAAAAUUAGUUCAUAAAACUUGAAAAUGCGUGAAUACAAGCACUGCCGACGCCUUUUUUAAAUCUUUUUUUUGAAUUCCACGGCAUGGAAGGUUAAAAAAAUGAGCAAGAUUGCUACAAAGCAUCAUAAAGAUGAAAAAAAGCGCAUUUGGACAGGUUUUUGCACCCCAAAGGCAAAACUAAGAGCCGGAAUCCCUGCGCGUCCCCCGCCAGUGCCUGAGAACCCUUUAAAAAACUGAAAACUCUUCAAAAAAUCUUUAAAAUCUAGUAUUUUGAUGUCAUUAUUUGAAAAACCCUAAAUUUUUCUCUUGCUUUUAGAUACCUGUCCUCCGGUUACCACGCCGCCAAGUCUCACGUCAAUCCGGACGCCAUUUUCUUCCUUGGCGACCUUUUUGACGAAGGAAUGGAGGCCUCGCACGGCGAAUGGCUCGACACGUAUCAACGUUUCGAAGAAGUUUUUCCGAUCGAUGACGGCCAAGUAGGAAUUCUAAGGCCUUCAAGAUUGUAAGUUGAUAUUUUUCAGGACGUUGCCUAUAUCUUUGGUGACAAUGAUAUUGGCGGAGAAAUGGAGCCGGUCAGCCAACAGGCAAAAGACCGAUUUGGCCGAUUUUUCAAGACAAAUUUGACGAAUAUUGCCAAGAAGUACAUGGUCAUUGAGGUGAGAAAUUAUCAAAAAGGGGGUUUUUAUUUAAAAAAAAACUCUUUUCCAAGCCUUUUUCAAAACUAGACAGGUACUUUUUUCAGGUGCUCUUUAAGAUUCUUUGAAAAUAUAUACAGUCAGAAAAGGUACACCCUUUUUUGAUGGUAACUUUAUUGUAUGGAGUAUGAUCUUUCUGGAAAUUUCGGGAUUUGUUAUCACUGUUAUUUUUAAAAUUUUGCUGGACUUUCAGUUCGCGAAAAAAUAAGCAGCUUCAGAAAUUUUUCGAAAGAUUGAGAUGCAAGGAGGUGAAGAGCAAAAAAAUUUUUUUUUCGAUCAUUUUUUUCUGACGAAACUUCAAUAGAACUUCUAUUAUUCUGUUUUGUGAAUUGAUCUUAACAACCUUUCUGUGAAAUUUUAGAAAAUUUAAAAAUUGCGAGGAUAUUUUUGUAAUUCGCAUAGUGCGUUUUGAGGAUUCAGAGAAAAAAAUUAAAUGAUUUAAAACUUCCAUUUUUUUACGGUUCUUGUUAGCUUUUCUUGUGAUUACUGAAAAAAUAUUGCGCGAAUUGAUGAAAUUUAUUACGAUUUGUAAACUUAAAUUCCGCCCAAAGACUUUGAAAAACUGGAAAUCUCAAUUUGGAACGUUUUUUCAAAGUCGGAAUGGUGGAUAAUGACCGCUGACAGGGAGAGGCUCAAAAAAGGCCGCAGAAAGGGAGGGAAAAGACAGCAAAGAGAGUCCCUUUAUCGAGCUUUUCAUUUUUCUUGGAUUUCAAAGGAUUGAGAAAUGCUGGAGAAAGAGAGAGGCAGCAAAAAUGGUGCAUAAAGGCUGAGAAAAUGGCGCAAAAAGGGAGCUUUAAUCACCCUAAAAGGAAAAUUUCUGUGGACCUUUAUGGACACUCGGAGGGUCCUUCCGACUUUGCUUUUUUUUUAAAUGAGUCGCAGAACUUAUUUCAAAAAUUAAGUCUUAUGAAAAACGGAAUGAAUCUCGAGCUAUUUUUAAUCAUUAUUUCAAGUGUUUUUAACUUUUUGGUACUUAUCAAGAACCAGUUUUAUUUCCAGACGUACCUCUUCGAAGAAAAGAACAAAAGACCGCUGACGCCAAGUACGGGAACAGCGAACCCUGCGGCGAAAAUCAUGUUGACCCAUGUACCUUAUCUGAAAGCUCCCUAUUUUUACACGGAUGUGGUAAGUUUCGCGAAAAGUUCGAUUUGAAAAAUAUGAAUUUUUCUAGGGUCAUUCAAUGGAUUUCAUCAUUUCUGCACACGAUCAUACGGUUAGUUAGUUUUUUAUACAGCUGAUCCGGAUAGAGCCGUCAAAAAAUGGCUCCUGACACGAUAAUAAAAGAAACAGCGUCUGAUUGAUGGAGGGCGCAGACAGGCCAAGCCUUUUUGCAUCCCAAGAUUUUGUAUGUCAAGUAGAAUGACGUCAUUCGAAAAAGCUCUGUGAGUGGCUCGCUCACUGAUUGGUUUAUCGAAUUAUUAGGGGGCGGAGCUUGAACGAAGACUUAAUAUUCAAAAUCUGAAUAAACUAUGAAAACUAAGAAAUUUCAAUUUCAGGCCGCGAUCUAUGAAAUCCAACGAGGACAGCCCCAAGCACUGGUCACAUCAGAAAUUUUAUUGAACUCGCCGAAUUAUCAGAAAAUUAUCGGACCAAAAGAACCCCUCGUCGAGUUGAAAGUUCCUACUUGCUCUUAUAGGUUCGUUGAGUGAUUUUAGAUUGGUUUUGAAAGGGAAUAAUCAGAGUUUUGGGCCAAAAAAUCUGGCGAAUUGAAGAAAGUUAGAAUAGCUGAAAAUUUGCCUGGACUCUCGUUCGUUUGUAUAGGCCAGCUUGUCACAGUUUUUUUUCCUUUCGAGCUACAGAAUAAUUUUGUUCAAAACGAGCGGACUGUUCGUGUGCAUGCGCCUUUAAUUUGGCCUUUUUUCCUUUUUUUCAAAAUUUUCGCUGAAUUGAAGGCGCAUGCACUCAGAAAGGCCGCGCGCAUCAAAUAAAAGCCAAAAGGGUUCUGUCGCUCAAAGGAAAACGGAAAUGUUGACAAGCUGACUCGGAAUAAGCUAUUAAAAAAAUUGAUUGAGUAGGAAAAUUUUAGAAAUAAAAGGUGAGCUUUUUGUGAACGGAAAGAUAACCAAAAUACAAGAAUUUUCACUAAUUGGAAAAUAAAACGCAAAUAAAAGUUUAGAGUUGAUCAAAACAGCGUGUCGACGAUCAAAAAAGGAAAUUCUGAUCUUUUUUCGAAGUUUUUCAUUUCGUCAAGUUUUUUUCAUGCCAAAAAGACUCUGACCGAAACGGAUCACUUCGCUUCAAGACCUUUGCUUUCAGCAGUUUUUAUAGAUAUUAAGAGCAAGAAGGAGAUGGCUCUUUUUCUGCUGUUCUUUAAAAAAACAUUUUGAUUUUUUUUUGAUUUUCUUUUUUUUUGAAACCAUUAGUUUCCUGAAUUUUUUUUUUCGACAAACUUCAAAAUAACCUCCAACUUUGCCUUUUAUUUAAAAACAAAAAACUAAAAAUUACAGAAUGGGAGUCGCGAACAUGGGCUACGGUAUGCUGUCGAUCUGUGCCGCCGAUGGAAGUGUUACUGUAAAUUAUUCCGUUUUAUGGUUACCCAGAAGAUUUUCUCAGCUCUACCUUUACCUUUUCUCAUUAUCUCUCGCCGCCCUCUACAUUUUAAUACAGAAAUUGCAGCGAAUCAAAAGGUACACCUGGUUGAAAUAA